UAUAGUUGUCUUGUCGCUAUCAUCUCCCGCCUCACUGACCAGACACAGCCAACAGGAUAUACACAAAACAUGGCUGAACAAUUAAAUGAAGAACAAAUUGCAGAAUUCAAAGAGGCGUUCAGCCUGUUCGACAAAGAUGGCGACGGCACCAUAACAACAAAAGAGUUGGGAACAGUGAUGAGGUCACUAGGACAGAAUCCGACAGAAGCUGAGUUACAGGACAUGAUUAACGAGGUGGACGCUGAUGGAAACGGAACGAUUGACUUCCCAGAAUUCCUCACAAUGAUGGCGAAGAAAAUGAAAGAGAACGACAGUGAAGAAGAAAUCCGUGAGGCAUUCCGUGUAUUUGAUAAAGACGGAAAUGGCUUUAUCAGUGCAGCCGAGUUACGACACGUAAUGACAAAUUUAGGAGAAAAACUAACAGACGAUGAAGUUGAUGAAAUGAUCCGAGAGGCUGACAUUGAUGGUGAUGGACAAGUGAAUUAUGAUGGCUACAGGGAAGCGUUCAGCCUCUUUGACCGGGACAAUGACGGUAUCAUUUCCACUAAAGAACUUGGGACUCUUAUGAGGACGCUCGGACACAACCCCACUGACCAGGAGCUAGAUGAUAUGGUGAAUGAAGUGGACACGUCAGGUCAAGGAAAGAUAAACUACACAGACUUUCUUAAGAUGAUGAAACCAGCGGAAGCCUGGAACGAAGAAGCCGAGUUAAAAUGUGCAUUUGAAGUGUUCGACAAAGAUGGCGACGGAUACAUAAGCGCGUCAUCAUUACGUCACGUGAUGAAAAAACUAGGAGAACAACUAACCGACGAGGACGUCAAAUUUCUUAUGAAGGAAGCUGACGUCAACGGCGAUGGCCGUGUGGAUUUUAAAGAGUACAGGGAGGCGUUCGGCCUGAUAGACAAGGAUGGAGACGGAACAAUUUCCUCUAAAGAACUGGGGACGGUGGUGAGAGCUCUGGGACAGACCCCUACCGAGACAGAACUCACUGACAUGAUCAAACUCAUCGACGCGGAUGGCAACGGGACGAUAGAUUUCCCAGAGUUUCUCACUAUGAUGGUAAAUAGAAACCAGAAUUCGGCUACCUAUGAGGAUGAGAUGCGUCAGGCAUUCGCAGUGUUCGACAAAGAUGGUGACGGUUUCAUCACGGCGAAAGAACUUAGGCAGGCUAGUCUCGACGACAUCACACCGGAACGGUUGGCUGAUUAUAAAGAGACAUUUGAUCUGUUUGACGUGAACAAGGAUGGGAAGAUCACUCGGGAAGAACUGAAGAAUGUUAUGACCAAAUUACGUCAAGAUCCCACGGACGACGAAAUUAGGGAUAUGAUAAACGAGAUCGACCUGGAUGAAAAUGGAACGAUAGACUUUACUGAAUUUUUAAACAUGAUGCAUAACAGUUCUAAAGAGGAUGCAGAGGAGGAGUUUCGAGAGGCGUUCCGAAUGUUCGACAAAAACAACGACGGGAUGAUAGACGAACAAGAACUACGAGAUGUAAUGACAGCCCUUGGAGAAAAACUGACGGACGCACAGAUAAAAGAAAUGAUUGUAGAAGCUGAUCUGAAUGGGGACGGUCUCAUAAACUACCACGAAUUUAAAAUGGUGAUGACAUCGAAAUGACAAUGGAUCGAGGAGUAACAAUAAGACUUUAUUAAGGCGUCCUUUCACGGAAUAGGUAACCAGCGAUUUUCCAGGCGGUAUCCACGUCUCCAUGAGUUUGACUUGUGAGAACUGGCCCAAAGUGACCUGCUUUUGGGCGGAAGUGACGUCGUGUUCUCGUUAUAGGUGAAAUUGCUACUGAUAAAUUCCUUUAUUAGUUUUUCUGCCUUUUGGAUAUUAUUUUACCAGGGGUAAAUCGUCUAUCAGACAACAAAUUGUAAGCCUUUGUUUGUCACGCGAUAUAGUUUGUUAAUGGAUAUUUUGGACAUUUGACCAUUGCGUACUCUUGUUUCCUUAAUUCCUCUUGUGAUAUUCCGUGUUU